AUGCCUGUCAUUCUUGUUGUAGGCGCAACUCGAGGACUCGGAGCGAGUCUUGUAACGCUGUAUGCUUCAGAUCCGAACAACUAUGUACUGGCUACAGCAAGGACUUCAAAUCCCCCAGCAAACAGCAAGAAUAUCGUUUACGUCCCAGGUAUUGACAUCGCUUCGCCUGAAGCUGGUACCAGAAUAAUCCGCUUUCUGCGCACGGAAGAUAUCUCAAGUUUAGACACGGUAAUCAUCACCGCCGGUUAUUUUGCGACGGAGAGCCUUCAAGAACCAUCGUUUGAAGCGCAGGAACGCAUGUACCGGACCUGCGUAAUCGGACCCACGAUACUUGUCACAACACUCGCCAAUGAAUCUGAUGACCUCCUCAAAAAGAGCUCAAAGGUCAUCUUCGUAUCGUCCGAGAGCGGUAGUAUCACACUCAGGCACGAGAAAGAAGGAGGUGGGAAUUACGGACACCACGCCAGCAAAACUGCGCUGAACAUGUCCGCGAAACUGUUGAGUUUGGACCUAAAGGAGCGAGAAAUCGCCAUAGCAACUGUUCACCCAGGGUUCAUGCGGACAGAAAUGACCAAAGGAGUUGGUUUUGACAAGUUCUGGGACGCAGGCGGCGCUGUAACCCCCGAAGUGGCGGCCAUAUCACUUGCGGACUGGAUUGAGACUUUCGACAUUAGGAGGACUGGAGAGUAUUGGGCACCGCGAGGACCCGGUGAUAUCGGUACCGCAGACUCGGUACUUGGCUCUAAAGAUACACUUCCAACGCCCCUCCAGUUACCGUGGUAG